AUGUAAUAAAUAUAAAAAGAAGAGGUAUGAAUUGAAUUUACUAAGUGAGAUACCAUAUUUUAAGUAUUGUUAAAAGUUAGGUGGUGUAUAAAGAAGAGAUUUAUAUGUGUCUCCAACAAAAGCUGCAACAUUUCUACAUCUAAUCAAAAAUGUAAUUUUAAUUAAAGAUGAAGAGAUGUGAUAAGGAUACUGCUUUAAGAUUUACUUAAAGAAGAAUUUGUAAAUGGGAUACUACAAUUAAACAAGAUGGCCCUAGUAAGUGUAGGAUAUUGCGACCUAAAGAGAACAAAGAAGUAAUAUUAUUAAUUAUAUUAAUGUAGAAAAGAAUAAAUGGAUGGUAAAAUAUUGGAUUAGAAAUGUUUUAUGAAAAUAAAGAUACAAUAGCUGAUAUUAAUUAAUUGCAUUUAGAUUAAGAUAAUGAUGCAAUAUAAAAAGAAAUAGAAAAGAAUGAAAUGAAAUUAAAAAAUGAUUUUAAAAACAAAAUAGCUCAUUUACAAUAAUUUUAUAGAGAACUUAAUUAAAAAUAUAGUUUCAGUAGUAGUGAUCCUAAUUUUAAAGAAAAAAUUACUAUGGCAAAAUUAGAUUUAAUUAGUAAAAGAAAUCAACCUAUUAAAUAUCUUAAGACUAAAGGAAUGAAAUAUAUUGAAUUAUUUAAUGAGAUUAAUCAAAAUAAAAAAUUAGAUGAUCAUGAUUUAUUUAAUAGACUACAUGUUUUUAAUUAACUUAGAACUGAUGAUUUUAAAGUAAAGGAAAAAUUAUUGAGUGAUCUUUAUAAAUAAAAAAAGGAGACUUAAAAUGUAAAUCAUAAAGAAUUAUAACAUAAUAUUCAUAUUUAUGAUAAUAUUUAAGAAUAAAGUGAAUAAAUGUUAAAAAUUAUUGAUUAAAAUAAUGAUUUCUCUAUGAAUUUGAGAAAAAAUCAACAAAAAUUGAUUGUUUCAUAAAAAACUAUAGCAUUUGCUGAAGAUUUUAAUAGAACAAAAUACAUAUUCAAUUAUUCAAGUAAGAAUUAAAUGUAAAAAAUGUUUGAAAUACCUGAAAUUCCUUAGAUACCUUAAAGCACUGAAUCUAUUAAAUUAAGGAAGCAUUUUUCUUCUCCUUAAAGUUUGGAUGAUCAUUUUGAUGAUUGUCUCAAUUAAUAUGCACAUGAAGUUCUAGAAUAUUAAUAGGAAAUGCUAGACAAAGAUAUUACAACAGAAAAUAUUGAAAAGAUGUUGUAAAAAAGAGAAAAUCUAAUAUGUAGUUAGAUAAGGAAGGUUUCUAAGACUUCACAUAGUCAUUAACCUAGUAUUCACUUAGAGUUAAGUAAAAACUAACAGCAAUCUUCAAGAGAUAAAGAAUCUACAAAAACAGGAAACUCUUUUAAUAUAAAAUAACGAUCUUAUCUUGUUAGUCCAUUCAGUAAAUCAUGA